AUGAUGCCUUGUGUUACUCGCGAUCAGACAGUGAUUGUCAACAAUCGGCACAAACUGUUGAACGGAUUAACGACUCAACAGAAGCCGAAGCACUCGUUUUCGAUCGACGCGUUGGUCGGCAGCGGCGGCAGUGACUCGUGCGGUGCGCCCAAAGACGGCUCCUCAUCGCGACACUCAUCCACUCCUAGCCCGGCCUCUGACCGCAAGAGUCUGUCCCCUCCCGUCUCCCAUGUGUUGCCGUCGUCGCCAUCCAAGUCCUCGGCGUUCGCAUCGCCCGCACAUCCCAUACCCACCAGUGAUUUGUUACGGUUUAUGAGUGGUUACGGCUCAGCGCCGACACACGUGUCCACUGCCCCCCACUUCGCGGCCGCUAGUCAUCAGCCCAGCCAUCAUCCACAUCACCCAUCGCCGCAUCCCGGCCCACAUCACCCGACCCAUCCCAUGGCCCUUCAUAUGAUUAACUCCAUGUCCAGAUCUAAUCACAUCGCACCGGACUUUUACAAUAGUAGUGUUAAUUUAAACCCAGCCUUUGGCCACUGGUCACCAUAUAUGAGACAUUCACAACUACUACCGCCUAUGCAUGGUUACGAUCCGAAUACAGUUCCCAACUUCUUGUUGGGUCCCUUCCGGAAGCCGAAGCGGAUCCGCACGGCUUUCUCGCCGUCGCAACUCUUGAGGCUGGAGGAGGUGUUUGAGAAGAACCAGUACGUCGUCGGCAGUGAACGCAAACAGUUGGCCAGAGAUCUCAAUCUCAGCGAAACUCAGAUCAAAGUCUGGUUUCAGAACCGACGGACGAAACACAAGCGAGUGAAACAUGAGGAGGACAUUAAGGGCAACGGUAUCCCAAACGGUCGCAAAUCGCACGAUAGCAGCGAAAUGGUCAGCACUGAUGAUGAGGACGAGGACAUCGAUCCCACCCAUUACUAG